UCAAACAUGGCCGACAAGAAAGUAGACUCUGGGAGCGAGUCGGACAGCACAGAAGAACCAGUAGUUGGAAAUGUCAACAAGUUCGCAGUUGUUCCACCUGGUUACAGUGGUCGGCCAAAGAAGGGACACCUUAUAUUUGAUGCAUGCUUUGAAUGUGGAAACCUUGGAAGAGUUGACUACAUCACAGAAUAUGAAUAUGAUUUGUUCAUACGACCAGAUACUUGUAAUCCAAGAUUCAGAGUAUGGUUCAAUUUUACAGUAGAAAAUGUCAAGUCAGAUCAGCGAGUCAUCUUUAACAUUGUCAACUUUAGCAAAACAAAGUCACUGUACAGAGAUGGUAUGUCACCCAUGGUCAAGUCAACCAGCCGUCCAAAAUGGGUGAGAAUACCAGCAAAGCAUGUCUACUAUUACCGCUGUCCAGAUCACAGAAAAAACUAUGUGAUGUCAUUCUCGUUCUGUUUUGACCGCGAGGAUGAUGUGUACCAGUUUGCUUACUGCUAUCCUUACUCCUACACUCGUCUACAGAAUUACCUCGACAACUUAGAAAAGAAGAACAUGGACUUCUUCUCGAGGGAACUGCUGUGUCUCACAGUUCAACAACGUCGCCUGGACAUGAUAACCAUCACACAUCCUGAUAACUUGGAAAUGGAUGAAGUGAAGCAUACUGUCUUUAUCACUGCCAGGGUUCACCCAGGGGAAACACCCUCUUCUUUUGUUUGUCAGGGGUUGAUUGAUUUUUUGAUUAGCAAUCAUCCAAUAGCGAAGGUCUUAAGAGAACACAUUGUGUUUAAAAUAGUCCCUAUGUUGAAUCCGGAUGGUGUGUACCUCGGAAAUUACAGGUGUUCUUUGAUGGGGUUUGAUCUGAACAGACACUGGCUGGAGCCCUCACCCUGGGCACACCCCACCUUGUACGCCACGAAAAAUAUCCUCAUGGAGCUUGACAGGAAUGAGAAAGUCUUAGUAGACUUCUACAUCGACAUACAUGCUCACUCAACUCUGAUGAACGGCUUUAUGUAUGGUAACACUUAUGACGACAUUGAGCGAUACGAGCGACAGUCUGUCUUCCCAAAAUUACUGUGUGCUAACGCUGAGGACUUCUCGCUGGCCAACACCAAUUUUAACAAAGAUGCAGUGAAGGCCGGAACUGGGCGCAGGACCCUAGGGGGCUGCUUAGAUGAUAACUCUCACUGCUACACCCUGGAGGUGUCCUUCUUCAGCUAUCAGACAAGUGCGUCCAGCAGUUCUCUGCCCUACACAGAAGAGGGAUACAUGAAGUUGGGGCGUAACUUGGCCCGAACGUUCCUGGACUAUUACAAGCUCAUCAACUUUAUCACAGCCAAGCCAAGCAGCAGUAUUGUACCAAAACCUGGCCCCUACAGGAUGAGGGACCGCCAACACGAACGCUCGCAAACAGACCCUCCUGUAGAUUCAUAUGAAGACCGAAGAAGAUCUUACAACAGACACAGUGAUUUUGGUAUCAAUAGUUGUAACGGGUUUGGGGACCCACCCACCUCUAUACGCCUGCAGCUGAGGGACAGAGACGUGAGGAAAUACUGACGUCCCAGCCUUUAGUACCUCAAUAGACAUUAGGACAGAAUUCAUCAAGGUUUACCAUGGCCUGUAGUAGCCCACCGUCUCCUGAGUACACGGCCAAACACUACCAUCUCCCAGCCCAAACCUCAUCAUCUUCAAGUACAUGGUCCAAACACCAUCACCCCCAACACAUCCCAAGUACAUAGCCAAAACACCAACAACAUCUCGCAAGAACAUAGCCCAAACACCAACAACACAUCCCAAGUACAUAGCCCAAACACCCCCAACAUAUCCCAAGUACAUAGCCCAAACACCAACAACACAUCCCAAGUACAUAGCCCAAACACCCCCAACAUCUCCCAAGUACAUAGCCCAAACACCCCCAACACAUCCCAAGUACAUAGCCCAAACACCCCCAACACAUCCCAAGUACAUAGCCCAAACACCAACAACAUCUCCCAAGUACAUAGCCCAAACACCAACAUAUUUAAAGUACAUAGUAUAAACAGCACCAACAUUUCCAAGUAAAUAGCCCAAACAACACCAACAUUUCCAAGUAAAUAUAUAUAUAGCCCAAACAACACCAACAUUUCCAAGUACAUAGCCCAAACAUCACCUACAUUUCCGAGUACCAUAAUAGCCCAAACAGCACCAACAUCUUCCAAGUGUAACUCGAGGGAUGCGAUUGAAUCUAGUCCAUUUAAUGUAAAGUGAAUCGAGGAUGAUAGAAGUUACAGCAGGAAUGUUAGCAAAAAUGCAGCAGUCUUCAACAGCCACAGUAUCAUACAGAUCUCCUUGUGUGUUAGACAUUGGAACUAAUCAUACUAACAAAUUCACUAUCUCUGUACAUCAAAUGAUUGUUGUUCCUGAGGGAAGAAUAUUGCAUUUGUCUGUAAUGUUCCAUUUAUCUGGAAUAUGUAUUUAAGUACAUACAAAUUUUGAUAUUGAACAUAAAAAUAAUUCUUUCCAGGAGCAUGACAUGAAAACUGACAUGAAUUAUUGGUAACAUGCCUGAGGCCAUGGUAUCCACCUAAUAUGUACAGGGCCAGUGUACAAGUAAUUACAUUAGUAUUUGGUGUCUUGUGUGAGGCUGGUUACUUUACACAGCACAGGGACAAGACAAAAUAAUUCUGGAGAUACUUAUAUUGAUAAUUAUAGAUGAAUUUAUGAAGCCUAAAUAGAUCUCCAAACUAAGCGAGUCUUGUCCCUGUGGUGUAUAGAUGUAUGGAACAAGAUAAUAAAUCUGGUCGUAUUUAAAAUACACAUCUGCAACCAUUCCCGGUCACAUUGUCAUUCCACAAUUGUACAGGCAAUUCUUCAAAGUAAUGAUUAUUUACUGGUACUGAUGAUUUGAUGUAAGGAUGUAUAGGAGUAGAAGUUGACAUAAAAUAGUUUUAGUAGAGUGUACCCUGUAGGGAGUUGUGUGAGGAUCAGUAUGUCAUAGAUUAGAACACUGACAUUAUAAAAGGGGAGUUGGUUAUAGAUUUAUUGGUACAGCGACGUUGGGAUGGGAGGGACAGGGGUUUGUCAAGUAACUGUGCUGGUUUUGUACAUUGGUGCACAUUUAUUUGUGUGUAGUUGAUCACAGUUGCUUUAAUGCACACAAAUUGUCAAGUUUUUGUUGAUGGCAAUGGACUCUAGUUGAUUUGUAAAUCGUAUAAGAUAUUCAAAACAUUCCAUUGCAAUACGUACAGACAGGGCCGAGGGUUAGUUGGGACCAAUAUUGUGAAAAUUAUUUUUAUUCUCUGAAAAACAAAGUUAAAAUCAUUCCUUCUAACACUAGUCAACUAAUUUCCAUAAGGAUAUAUGGUGUCGUGUUUCCUUCCCAUUGUGAUUUUACAGAGUUAUUGCCCUUUUUAGCUCACUUCAGUGUCCCGAUGUUAAGCAUCUGCUGUCGUCUUCUCAUCAACCAAGAGUCCCAUUGUCCUGAUAUUUGGCCGAUAGGUUCCUAGGAUAAAGCCACACAAAGUUUUUGAAAAGAAAUGACCUUGAUCAAUAUUCAAGGUCACAGGUGUCAAAUAUGUUGAAAACCUUAAGCAACUUCUUCUGGUUAAUCUGAAGGCCAAGAAGCAUAAUAUUUGGCUGAUAGGUUCCUGGGAUGAAACCCCACAAAGUUUGUGAAAACAAUUGACCUUGACAUAUCUUGGAUCAAAGGGUCGUUUUGAUUAAAACAUUCAAAUACCUUUCACAAAAAUCAUAAUAUGUGGCCGUUGGGCUCCUUGGGUGGAGCCUCACCAAGUUUGUGAAAAGAAAUUACCUUGAACUCUAUUCAAGGUCACAGAGGUUAAAUUAAAAAACAACAUUACUUUCCUCUGAUUAACUGAAAGGUCUAGAAUCAUAUUUUUAUUUUGAUUAACUGAAAGGCAGGUGGGCCUCUUGUUUGUACUGUACACAUUUAAAACUAUUUACAAUGUAGAUCUUUUUCUGGUACGGAUUGUUGAAACUAUAUGUAAAACAAAUAGUAAGUACAUGUACAAUGUAUGAUGUUGAGGACUUGGCAUUGCAGCAAAGUGUUUUUUGUCCAUUAAUAAGGAACUGAUUCAUGAUAAAUGUAUGUUAAAUGUUGUAUGAGCUUUAGUGAUCUUUCUUUGAAGUUAUUAAGUGUUGGAAUAUUCUAAUAAAUAACCAUGUUUGUUAAGAAUGUACAAAAAUGUAUUCCAUUCUCAUUGGGAAAGUAUUUACUGUGAUAUUUCUCCUGUGUACCUGGCAUCAGGAAUCUCCAGUUUUACAUAAUGUUGAAUUUUCAUCUCUCUUUACCAAUGUUAUAUGCUCAUCUAAUGCAGCAUGUAUACCAUAACUAUUAACUUAAUGUGACGGCUGCUCUCCAUAGAAAAUAAUUUUAUCAAAUGAAUUUUAUUUAACUUGGUAUAAAAUUCUCCGGCUUUUUGGAAGAUCUCCAGCUAUUACAUACAGCAUUAAUAUAUAUCUCUUGUAGAUUAAUGGUCAGUGAAGCCUCAUAAAUCCAUUGUUCCCAGUGAAUUGGCUGAAUUGCAUUUGAAUUACGAAUAAAAAAUAUGUAUAUAAAGUUAAAAUGUAACACUACAAAGAUGGUUUUUCUUCCGCAUAACAUUCUUUUGAUAAUAAUCAGAAUUUGUGAUAUUUUUGGGUUAAGCAGUAUCAAAUGCUGUUUUUAUUAAGGAUUUAAACCCUUGAUUUUUAAUCUUAUAUUUUCUUGUAAAUGUCUGGUCAGAUAUUGUAUAUCCAUCCGAAGUUUUGCAGGAUGCUGAUGUUUUGCAUGAAAGUUGGGACCAAACAUAUUUUACUGUGCUGUCAAACUGGAAAUUUAAAUAUUUUUCCCCCAAACUUUGACCAUGAGCUUCAUUUUCUUCAAAGUUGGAGCAGAGCCAUACAUGUUUGACAAACAUUCUCAGGUUGAGAAAUUAUAUGUUCCUCAUUGUUAAAGAAUUUUAUUUAGGGUAUUAUUGUUGAAAUGAUCAUUCCACGCCUUGUCCCAUGCCACACCGGUGUUGACAGUAUUUUUAAGAACCGUGUCAAUCUCAUUACUUUGUAAGGACCGUCAAUUAUUUUUAUUGCGGUCAUCAAUACUGGUACAGCAUUUUAAAAGUUCAGAGUUUACACUUAUAUCCGUCCAAUGUUAUGUGAUAGACAAUUAUAUAACCAUGUAUAUACCCUUUUAAGAGGUGUUACAGCUCUGUAAGUGAAGUGCUUCAGUUUUCAGUCUUUGAUAUUUUGUUGGAAUUAAUUUUUGAUUUCAUGGUAUUCCUUUUAGGAAGGAACAAUUGAAAAAUGUAAAACCCUAAAAUACAAGUGCUCUACAUGCUUAACAGUAACAAAAACGACCUAAUAAUCCCCCCAGUGUAUGUAUUAUAUCAACUUGUCCGAUACUUUCACCUUAAAUCACCAAUUUAAUUGUAUAUAGGUACUUGAAAAGUUGUGUGCACUAAAACCUUUUUGGGGAGGUGAAUUUAAAAGUUCUACAAUCAAUCUCAUUUUCCGAAAUUGAUAAAUACCUAUAGCUAGGAUAUGUUAAAAGAUCAACAUGAUGUCUUAAAUAUUUCAUGAAUUACUUGUGUAGGGUUAUUUUAAUUUUGUGUACAAUAAUACUGUCCAGUCUGUUUUUCCAUGUCUAGGUACACAUGUUACUACUUAAAAUGAAUUUGCUGAAGCAAAAAAAAUGUAAAACUGCUUGCAGUCCAGGUAAUAAUUGUUAUUUACAAGACAAUAUCCUAGGUCUGGUGUAGUAUAGAGCAGUAAUGGGCGGGAUCAAAAUACUGUAUUGUUUAUCUUAACCACAGAUUUUACCCGACACCAUGUUUGUGAUAAUAAAUGUGAUAUAUUUAUUUUACAGCAUUACAUGUACAGCUGAGCUUAUAACUGUACUCGAUGUUAAAAUGUAUAACUUAUUUUUGUCAGACUCACAUGAAUAAAAGAUAUUUUGAAGAA